CCCUCCGUCUUCAUUUCUCCUUCUCUCCCACCCUUCUGUUAGCGAGAAACCCGCCAUGAAUGGAUCCAUCGAAGUAUUUUUAGAGCUUUCAGUUAUCUCGCUCUCCAAAGCCCUCGCCUUGUCUUCCUCCGUAUUCACCCCCCCUUCCCUCUCCAACUAUGGCCCUCACUCCAAUCAAUCCCUACCGCAAGGAGAAAGAAGGUUGGGUUGCUGUGCCACAAUUUGGAGGUUGGGAUCAGAAAGCCGGAGGAGGAACGCCUGAUUACUCCAUGGUUUUCACCCAUGCUCGUGCAAAGAGAAAGCAGCAGAAGGUUGAGGUGAGCAGCUCAAGCCUAGGGCAUGAAAGGGAGUUCCUCAAUUUUCCUCACCCGCGAACAGAGCAGAAUUCUACCAUGAAAAAAUGGAGGUUCUUUAGCUGCCUCAGCUGCGGAGUUAAGGACUGAAGUCCAUGCUGCCAUCUGACUGAUGUCUGUAUAUUGUUUUCUAUCCAUAAACAUUUCAGAAAUCCUUUACUGCAUUUGCAUUCCAUAAACUACAAGUAAUAGUUGUUCUGAACAUCCUGUGGAUGAUAUUCUAUGCUGCCAAUUUUCAAUUUUCAUGAAAUACAAGUGAAAUUUAUAUUAUUA